AUAAGAAAAGUAAAAAUCUGUAAAAUUUGAUAAUAAGUUAUCUCAAGCAAAUGGAAACACAAAAAUGAAGAAUUCUAAAGAACUAAAAUCGUAAUCAAAGUUAAGUGCAACCAAAAACAAAUACCUAUUUAUCUCAUCGUAAACGUUGCUAAGCCGACACAUCUCAUCAGCAUCACACGAAGCCCUAACAGAUACCCCCUCGAAAUUGCUUUAAGAUGGCUCUAAUAUCGAAAACCAUCUUAUCGGUGCUCAUUUCAUUCAUUAUUCCGGUACUCGGUGCUGCGUUAAGCAAAACGGUCUUAUACCAGGCGCCCGACGAGUGCCGUUGGUCCGGUGCCAACGAAGUUGACAUAACCCUGGUGUGCCAUUUGCGCACCAUAAACUCGGAAUUGGAAAACACUAACUUCAGUGUGAUACAACCACAAAAUACCAUUCGCCUGCGACUCGAGUGCAAUGACGCCCUGUUCUUCCAGAGUACCCUGAGUCCGGAUAGCUUCCGUUCGCUCGUAGAAUUGCGUUCUCUUACCAUUGAGUAUUGCAAACUCGGCAAUCUGACCGACGGUUCGUUCCGUGGUCUACAGGACUUGCGCAAUCUCACCAUUCGCACACACAACGGCGAUUGGUCGACGAUGUCGCUGGACAUCUCGCCCACCAGUUUCAGUGAGUUUCGACAAUUGGAUCGUCUUGAUUUAAGCCUCAACAAUAUAUGGCUUAUUCCCGAUGGCAUGAUUUGUCCACUAAAAGUACUGAAGCACCUUAACAUCUCGCAUAACGAAAUCCAAGACAUUAGCAAUUUCCACUUCAGUGCCUCGCUCAGCACCCGCAAAUCUCGCAUUUGCGGCUCGUCCCUGAACAGCAUCGAUUUGAGUCACAAUAAAAUCGCAAAUCUACCAUCGGCCAUAUUCUCCGGUUUGGGUCGUCUCGUCAACCUGAAUUUGGCUCGCAAUGGUAUGAAUUUCAUUGCCGAUCGCGCCUUCGAAGGACUGGUUUCGCUGCAAGUUGUAGAUUUAUCUGAAAAUCGUCUGACCUCCCUACCGCCAGAACUGUUCUCGGAGGCCAAAUUUGUCAAGGAGAUCUAUUUGAAGAACAACAGUAUCAACGUCCUGGCCCCAGGCUUGUUCAGUGAACUGUCUGACUUGCUUGUCUUGGACAUGUCGGCCAACGAACUCAACUCACAAUGGGUUAAUUCGGCCACCUUUGUCGGUCUGAAACGGUUGGUUUUGCUCGAUUUGUCUGCAAAUAAAAUCAGCAAAUUAGAGGCCAAUCUCUUCCGCUCGCUGACAAGUUUACAAGUACUGAAACUGGAGGAGAACUACAUUGAUCACAUUCCCGAUGGUGCUUUCACUGAUUUGACCAACUUGCACACAUUGAUUUUGUCAAACAACCGCAUUUCCACCAUUGGGCCGAAUACGUUCCGCGGCUUAUAUGGUAUUUUGGUGCUCAGCUUGGACUACAAUCGCAUUUCGAAAAUAGACACGCAAGCCUUGAAGAACUGCUCCAGCAUACAGGACCUACAUUUGAAUGGAAACAAACUGCAAACCGUACCAGAUGCUCUCUCUUAUGUGCCAUUACUGAAAACACUCGAUUUGGGUGAAAACUUGAUCACGAGCAUUGAAAACACCUCCAUUACUGCCAUGGAAAACCUGUACGGUUUGCGUCUCACCGAGAACGCCAUCGACUACAUUAGACGUGGUGUGUUCGAUCGCAUGACUUCGUUGCAAAUAUUAAAUUUGUCUGGCAACAAAAUCAAAGGCAUUGAAGCCGGUGCCUUGCACCGCAACACUCAGCUGCAGGCCAUUCGCUUGGAUAGCAAUCAUUUGAAAAACAUUGCGGGACUUUUCACCGACUUGCCAAAUUUGGUUUGGCUUAACAUUUCGGACAAUCGCCUGGAGAAAUUUGACUAUUCGCACAUUCCCACUGGUUUGCAAUGGUUGGACGUUCGCGCCAACCGCAUUGCCCAAUUGGGCAACUAUUUUGAAAUUGAGAAUGAGUUGAGUUUGACCACAUUCGAUGCCAGCUCCAACCUACUUAGCGAAAUCACAGCCGGCUCCAUACCAAACAGUAUUGAGGUUUUGUACUUGAAUGACAAUCUCAUUGGAAAAAUCCAGCCAUACACUUUCUUCAAGAAGCCAAACCUCACCAGGGUGGACUUGAUUCGCAACAAGCUGACAACCCUUGAACCCAAUGCCCUACGCCUGUCACCCAUCCCCGAAGAUCGCGACAUCCCAGAGUUUUUCAUCGGCCACAAUCCCUUCCAGUGCGAUUGCAAUCUCGACUGGUUGCAAAAGGUAAACACUGAGACUCGCACGCAGCCCAAACUCAUGGACUUAGAUCAGAUCUACUGCAAAUUGUCCUACGCACGCGGCAAGACUCAUGUUCCCCUCAUUGAGGCCAAAUCUAGCGAUUUCCUGUGCAAAUACGAAACCCACUGCUUCGCCCUGUGCCACUGCUGUGACUUUUAUGCUUGCGAUUGUAAAAUGGAAUGCCCCGACCGCUGUUCCUGCUACCACGACCAGUCAUGGACCUCAAACGUGGUUGACUGUUCGCGUUCCGGCUACGAUCGUGAAUUGCCAUCACACAUACCCAUGGAUUCCACUCAGCUGUAUUUGGAUGGCAACAAUUUCAAAGAAUUGUCAAGUCAUGCCUUCAUUGGACGCAAACGCUUGAAGGUCUUGCAUUUGAACCACUCGCGCAUUGAGUUCAUCCACAACCGCACAUUCUACGGCCUGUUGGAGUUGGAAGUUUUGCAACUGAAUCACAACAGCCUGCGACACCUGAAUGGAAAUGAAUUCCAAGGCCUUGACAACCUGCAAGAACUUUAUCUUCAACACAACGCGAUUGCCAGCAUCGAUUCGCUAACGUUUACGCAUCUUUACCACUUGAAAAUCUUGCGCUUAGAUCACAAUCUAAUCACUGAGUUUGCUGUGUGGAACUUCUUGCCUCCGUAUCUCAAUGAAUUGCGUCUAACUGGCAACCCCUGGUCAUGCAAUUGCGGCUUCGUGGACAAAUUCCGUGACUACAUCAACCGUCAUGAGUCUGUUCUAGAGAAACCAAAGUUACGCUGCUCUGCUCUAGCCGGCUCCAACGGCACAGUGGGCAUAAAUGCAACAGCACUCACGCAACAACCAACCGAACAGUUCGCCCUCUACCUCAGCCCGGAAGUACUGAAAGAUACCACCAUUCGCUACUUGGUCUGCGGCGGAGUCCAGCAACAGCAGUUGUUGGGAGUCAGUGGCGCCGCUGACAUCAAUGAUAACGUCAUCAACGGCAACAUGACCUCUACCAAAAUGAUUCUGUCACAGCCACCCAUGCAUGAUUACGUGCCAAUUCUGGUUGCCAUACUAACCGGGUUUGUGUUUGUGAUCAUUUGUACGAUGUUGGUUUUCAUCUUCAGACAGGAAAUGAGAGUGUGGUGUCACUCACGGUUUGGAGUACGGCUCUUCUACAACGGCAACAAAGACAUGGACAAGAAUGAGCGGGAAAAACUCUUCGAUGCCUUCAUCUCCUACAGUUCAAAGGAUGAAGCAUUCGUGACCGAAGAAUUGGCUCCACUAUUGGAACAAGGUGAGACUCGUUACAAGCUGUGCCUACAGAGUCGUGAUUUCCCCGUUGGUGGUUACAUGUCGGAUGCAAUUGUCCAGGCCAUCGAUACAUCGCGCAGAACGAUAAUGAUUUUGUCGGAGAACUUUAUCAAGUCCGAAUGGUGCCGAUUUGACUUUAAGUCAGCUCAUCAGUCCGUGCUGCGUGACAGAAGAAGGCGUUUGAUCGUCAUUGUUCUUGGCGAAGUUCCUCAAAAAGAUUUAGAUCCCGAUCUACGCUUGUAUCUGAAGACCAACACUUUCCUACAGUGGGGCGAUAAGUUAUUCUGGGAAAAACUGAGAUUCGCCCUGCCCGAUGUGCCCAAUAAUCAGAGGCGGCCACACGGUGUUGGGGGUCAUUGCACAGGUGUCGGUGUACAUAUGCCCAUGGCGCCGCAUCAUCAUCACAUGCAAACACACCACCUGCAUCACAUGCAUCCCCAAGCGCAACUGCAACAACACCACCUGCAGCAUGCCAGUUUCCGUUCGCAAAUGCAUCACAAUAUCAAUGGCAGUAGGCAGAACCACAAUCGAAACACGCCCCAGCCACCACAGCAAUCCACAGUAUUGAUGGGUCCUCCAUGCCAGAAUAUGCCACCACAGCAACAACAACAGCCGUUACCUCUGCCUCCAAGCGCCGGCGGUCAAAGCAGCAUCCAGCAUCAAAGUCUACCACUACCACCCUGCCCUAGUCCACGAAGUGCUACAACGCAGUCUUCAAUUGGUGGAGCCUCCACAAAUUCCGGAAGAUCUGUUGCGGUGCAUAUUUAAGUUAAAUACUUUGAUAACAGAUAGGUACGAGUGUUAGUGCGAUAGGCC